AAGCCGGAAGUCCACUUUCGAGCAACUCUCCACUCCUCCACCUUGGACCACACUUUUUUCAUAACUUUUAUAAUACCAGCUGCUGCUUUCCCCUCAACGACACGCUUCAAAACUCCGCUCGUGCCAUUUUAUCGAAGCAAAUGUGAUUUUUAAGUUCAUCGUCGUGCCACAGCUGAUUCGUGAAACACUUUCAGCGGGAACUUUAAAGUCGGGUUAGCGGACGUUAGCCGCGUCCUACCUCGAUUCGGCGAUGAGCGUGUUGUUGUCACGCGUAGACGUGACCCGGAAUCGAUUGUCGGCCAGGACUAGUCCUGACGCUGGGCCGGCUCCCGGUGCGGUGCGUUUGACGACCCAGAAGACGAGGGGGGUGCACCAGCGAAGCUCCGGAGACGCAAAGCGAGGACGCAAGGCGCACAGAGGAGCUCUUUGUCGGACGCUGGCUGGCUCGCAACGCGGCGAGUGUGACGUCACACCCAUGGACUUUUACGGUCGUGACCUCCUGACCUCCCAUUUUGAGGAAGGGUCUCGAGGGGUCGUGCUGGCGGCUCUCAAGCAGCGGUCGCUCAGCUCUCAUAGUGCCCCCCAGAAGCGGGAGGUGAAAGUUCAACUGUUAGACCCUCAGCAGAGCAGCAAUAGUAACAGCUCCCUCAAUGCGGCAGGUGCACACAAAAGGGCACAGUUGCUGUCUGCCAACCCAGGAGAAGACUUCAGCCGAAGCAAAGAGGGCUGCAUGGUGGUGGGUGCGUGUCAACAGGUGGACAACAUUGACAGGGAGGGCUGGGCCAGUGGGAGGGGCUUGAGCAGGAUGGAGGUGCUGCACAAUCACCAGUUAGAGCUCCAGAAUCAGUUGCUGCAGUCGGCUCUCAGCAUAGUCACUCGCUACACGCCCUCUGACCCUUCGCCGCCUGCCAAUCAGCAGGGAGACCCCACUGCGGCCAUUAUCAACCCAUCAGCGAAGACCAGCGUGGAGACCGACCUGGUUACCAUGGCAACACACACCGACCACACCAGGGAGGAGCGCUGUGCCAAAGUUGUUUCCGUGGCAACCUAUUCCAACGACAGUCCGGCAGCACUGGCCAAUGAGGCGGCGGGGUCAGUGCGGGUGGAGAGUGAACCCGUUAUGGCGUCCAUGUUGGAGGAGGCUCGCCAGCUUCUCCGGCAGCUUCGGUGGCGGAAGAAAGUUCUGGACGAGAACCUGGAGUCUGUGGAGAGAGAGCGCGGCGGAGAGGUUCUGCACUGCCAGCUCAAGGCUCUUGUAGCUAACAGCGAAUCCAGUGAGCAGGCUCGCAUCAAGAAGACGGUGGACGCAUGGAUACACCUGAUUGGCAAAGACAUACAGCCCAAGAUCCAAGAGGAGGGGCCCAAUAGCAGAAGCGUGGUGCCAGUAAACGGGCUCAGAGGAACAGGAAGUAAGAGGACAGCGACGGGGAGGGGACUCCGAUGCCAGCAGGCCGCACCCAGACGGGCACCGCCGUCAGACGAGUCGUACCUGACGCGCCUGUACGGGAGAGCGCCCCGCGCAGUCCCGACGCCAGGCCUCCAGAGGAGCCCGUCGCUUCACUUGAACUCGAUGGGGGCACCCGCACAGAGGAAGCCACGCCUGCUGGCGGUGGACGGCGUGAAAGGGCAGACGUGUUGGCGGCCCCAGACUCGACAGUCCCCCCGCCUGACCUCUGCGGCACCCGCCAAGGCUCCUUCUGCCCCUAUGGCCAUCCCACUAGCGCAUCCAAGGAUAGGCCCCUCCCCCAGGUGUCACAAGACUGUGACCUCACUUCCUGUGGAACACGCUGCACCGGAGCUCCCCAGCCCGGCCUGCCCCGCACCAGACUCCCCUGCCCUGUUGCACGCCACACCAGACCCACCCGCCCUGGAACACCACGCCACACCAGACCCACCCGUCCUGGAUCCCCCCUCCCGACUAAGUUCUGGGCCCCUGGAGGAAUGCGAGGAGCUUGUCGUGCAGUUGGGAAGUGCGCCAGUUGAAGGGCCUGAUGUAAAACAGGACUCACCCUUGCAUCAAGAGCGAGUGGAGUCAGUGGAGGUUGAAGCUCACCCCGCUCCGUCAGUCACUGUGGAAACGGUGAGGAAAAUUAGGGAGGAAGACUCGGAUGUAGACGCCCGAUUCCCCGGAUCGGAAUUCCUAUCCGCCGCUGAUGCGGAGGCUGUCGUGAUGGAGGAGUGUCCGGUGGGCGAGGAAGUGCUCCAUUUGGACAGCGGUCCGUCUCCUCUUCCAGUCGCAUACCAGGGUCCGGUCUUUCCUCCCGAGAAUUGCAGCGCCAUCCCUCCCCACCUUCGCAGCUGCGCAGCUAGCCUGGAGGACGGCAUGCUCAACCAAAUGGCGCUCUGGUUGGAGCAGCAGCUGAUGGCAAGAAUCCUCUCUGAGCAGUACCCGCCUCCUCUCCCUGCCCGUGACCACAACGACCGGUCUGAAGCGGCACAGCCGAGUGUCACCUCGGACAUUGUGGAGGCAGCCGGUGGGGGAGGUCUGCAGUUCUUCGUGGACGCCGGCAUUCCGGUGGAUUCUCCUUUGGUCAAAGAACUGGUUCACGAGGUUUUGGCUGAGAUGGUGGAGCAGGUGCUGGCGCCCAGGGAGGCUCCAGUUCCAGGACCCGCCCAAAAGCCAAGACAAAAUCCUGGUGCGGGGCUCGUUUCUUCCUUUCAGAAAAAAAGUGUUCCUGAGGUUCCGGCGGUUGUGACACCUCUACCAACGCCUCUGGCAAGUCCUGUUCCAUCCAUCCGGGAGCAACUCCCGCUCUCCACGCCCCCUGCAUCUGAACCAAUUGACCGUUCCGCACCGCCAGUCAUCGCAGCCCCUCCAGAGCCCGUCGCCACACCCAUCCCCAGCCCCGAAAUUCUGCUUGCUGUCCAUCAAGGCCCGAAUGCGCCGUCCACGGGGGCGGCUAACCCGCUGUCUGACGAGGAGGAGGAGCACCCGGACGUGCGCUUGCAAUCACUGCAAGAGCAAGAAAACCAAGAAGAAGAAGAGACCCUUCCCUCGGCUCCAGCACGCGUCACCUGUCCCGUAGCCCCUCCCCCGGCCGAUCCAGAUCCGCCCCUCGAUCCUUCUGACGACACCACCGCCAGUGCCGCCAGUGACACAGACAGCAGCACAGUGAUGGGAAGUGAUUCGGGCCUCAAGCUGCUCUCGGAAGGAGAACUGCUCAUUAGCUUCCACCGCCUGGAUAGUACCACGACAGAGGAGGCCAGUUCCUCGAGUUCUCUUCAAGACGUCGACCUUGACAUCCCUAGUGAAGGGCAGGUCAAAGUCCACAUGCACACGCUCCAUGGAGAGAGAUCGCUGGAGGAGGACCUAAGCUCGGGGGAGGUGACGCACUCGAUCACACCUGAACUAGAUGGCAAAGUGAAUCACUCUGGAGACACCAUGUUGGAGGCAACUAAUGAGAGCAACGAUGUCGACCCGACUCCGGUAGCCAGUCGGACGCUGACCUCUGACCUCCAGAGUGAACCCGCUCAGGUGAUCCCGCUCAGAAGAUCGAGCCCACCAUCAGGCCAACUGCAAGUCAGCACCUGGACCCCGGCGCCCCCCCCGAGAAGAUGACGCACUCUUCAGUCGACGCUAGUGAUUUCUUCUAAAUGUAAAUGGCAGGUUUUAGGACCCAACAACCAGCCUCUUCGGGACAGUCAGGGGAGGAUUUGCGCUUUAAGAAGUAGUUUUCUUCCACAAUCAAUCAAAAUGUGGAUUUUUUAUUAUGGAAUUAUUUAUUGACAUUGUUCAUUUUUCAUUCCCACCGUUUCUUGUCAAAAGCAAUAAAGCUUUUAUCAUUUGAG